AUCCGCAUCGGAUGGUUUUUUGAAAGGUUCCACUGGAGGCAUUUUAGUCACUGUCAUUGUUCGUCGCCGCUGCCGUUUUCGUCGUCGUCGACGUCGUUCGUAACGAACGCGAAGGAUACAGUCAGUUGACAAAGGUGUGUAGUAGGCCGUGGGAAAAAGCACCCACAGGUAUCUUUCCCUUCGAAAAGCAAAUCCCGGUUCGUCGUGUGUUGUCUCCGAGGGGUGGGUUUUCGCACAAUAAAACAGUCACUGAUCCGGGAUCCGGAUUUAUGUUCGCGUUUGUGGCCCUGGAUCAAAGUGGAUUUUAGGUGGCUUCAAAGGACGGGUAUCGGCGUGCGUGCGUGUGUGAUGGUGUGUUAUUCGGUCGGUUUGUUUACAGAUUUGUGGGAACCGUGCCGGUCGGUCGAUCAUUGAAACUCGAGUGCAGAAGGAGAAAAAAAUGUGAAACAGAAGUGAGUUCCGCAAAGUGAUAUGAUAAAUAGGGCAGUGAUUGAACGUGGGCUUGUUGGGCUGAAGCGCUCGAGGCGUGUUGAAUGUGCUUCUGGUUCGGACAACACGGAUGGUGGUUCUUCCAGACACGACAUGCAACGUACGGUGACAAGCAGAAGCGCUACUCGCUGAACGAGUUAUCUGUUGAUAAUUUAUUAACGGGUCCACUUCUUGGGGUGGGUUCUGUCGGUUACCAGCUUUUCUAGUCGUUGUGCCAAUCAGCUGUGUGCUGAUGCUGGGACGAGCAGUGAAGCGGAAGUGAGAUCGGGACAUACGCCAGAGAUAGUUGCAGAUAGAAGAUACUAACCCGAAUUGAAACAAAGCGAAGCCGUUGUGUUGUGAGCGGCAUACGAAGCGAGAGUUGUGUGCGUGUGGCGGUUUUCUGUGCACGUACGUAACUUGCACUGGCCAGCUGAGAGCUGGCGGGCUCCCAGCCCAGGUAGCAGACAUACGGAAGUUUGCCUUUCUCUCGGAUACGAGUGGUGUGCACUGCCGGAACAUCAACGGAUGGACGGAACAGCUAAAGUGAAACGAACGCGGCGUUUAGACUACAAGAUUUGUGAGAAGUAGUGCUCAAUUGAAAAAUGUAGUGUUCAUCCCCAAUCUUCCCAAAUUCCAGUUUUGUAGUGUAAUCCCAACCUGUACAAACCUUGAUUUCAUUGCGUCACAUUCCUGCCACAAUACUCACACCAUAGCUGCAAAACCGGACCGGCGAAUUCACGGACCACGAACAUGAAUGUCAUCUGGCGAGUGCUGUUCUACAUCGGAGUGCUGUGGCGGUUUCACGGAUGCAAACACUUCAUCGUCGAAGCCUGUCCCAUCGGAUGCAUGUGCCUGUCGCAGACUCAGGUUAUGUGCAACAGUGGCGAACUGCGGGAAAUCCCGCUGAAAUCAAUGCCGGUGACGGUGGAAGCGCUUUCGCUGCAGAAGAACAUUUUCCCGAUAAUUAAAAGCGAUGCCUUCGUGGGACUGAAAGCACUGCGAAAGCUGUCACUGGACAGGAACAACAUCACCACCAUCAAACCGUUCGCCUUCCGGGGAUUGCCCCGGCUGAGGGAUCUCUCGAUACAGCACACACCACUGGCGACCGUUGCUUCUUUCGCCUUUGCCGGACUGCAGAACGUAUCGCAAAUUCAGCUGGCACACAACAAAAUCCUUCGGAUAGAGGCGUACGCAUUUGCCGGAUCCGCCGGUAUCCGAUUGCUAAAUCUGGCGGACAAUCCCACGAUACUGGUCGAAACGAACGCAUUCUCCAGCCUGGGUACGGUCGAUCGGCUUCUGUUGCCCUCGGGGAUUCGAAACAUAUCACAGGAUGCGUUUUUCGCGUUGGAUACGGUCGGCUACCUCAAGCUCUCCUUCAUGGACCUGUCCGAGCUGAGUGCGUUCACGUUUCGGGGCUUGACCAACGUGCGGUUGCUGUCGCUUCAAGAAUCCGACCUCGGAGUCAUCAGCGCCAACGCGUUCGACGGCCUGGACCACGUCGAUACCCUGAACAUCCUGAACAACAAAAUCGACGCCAUCCAAGAGCUGAACAUAACCCACUGGAACCACAUCAAAACGCUACGACUGCAGGGAAAUCAUCUGCUGGAGACUCCCGAGCCGGGCAGUAUCAUUCUGGAAGGUAUCGGGAUGCUGCAUGUGUCAGGUAACUACUUCCCCUGUGGAUGUCACAUCCAUACCCUGCUGGAUAGUCCUCUGGCCAAUGGUAGCUACGGAACGGGUGAGGACUUCCUGUCAAAAAACUACUGUAUCUCACCGCUGGAAGUCAACGGGCUGCAGAUGAGCCAAAUCGAUAUCUUCGCAAUUGGUCGGUGCCACGAGCAGGUGACGCGGGAAAACCUGGAAGCGUCCGCUGCACGCAGCAGCAGCCGGAUAGUGCUUCUCCCCGGGGGCCAUAGGUCCGAUCAUCAGCGGUGGCACCACCGUUGGAGCAAAAUCAAUUAUUCAGCCGUCGCACUGCAUCUGUGCGGUGCUUUGGUGCUGUUAGCUUACUAUAAAUAUUUUAGACUUAAAAUCAGCUGAAUUUAAUGAGCUCGCCUAUCAGCCUGUUAUAUGUUAGAGAACUUUGCGCGCGUAGUGAAGUGAGUCGUGUGAACACCGAGAAUGUGUCCCGGUUCAAGCCCCUCUAACCAGUGGGGAAUGGCACAUAAAGAGGAGGACCAAGAGUGGGAUAAUAGUUACCGAUGUCCUCUGUUACAGCUAGUAUAAUGCGAAUGAUUAUAAUUAGGCCGCGACUAAUUUUUGCACCGGAUGGGGAAAUGCGGAAAAAUGUUCAACUGAAUGCAGCUGCAGUUUUGCUAUUGACGCAUAUCGCAAACAGAAUAACGAACCCUGCUACGUUGGCAAACAAUAGAACGGGAGUUAGAAUAAAUGAU